GAGCAGCCGCUACUAGUUCUCGGAAACUGUGCGCGUAUUCCACCAUCUUGGCUCUACACUACGCUUUUCACUCAUCGUAUGCGGCACCUAUUAGGAGCCGCAAUGGCGCCUGUUUCUCUCUACUCCGGUGUCAGAGACUGAACGGCAUUGUGGGACGGAGGCGGAAUUGCAGAGGUUUCCGGAUCCCCUGGACUGUACUGGGAAAAGUGGGAAUAUAAGGGAGGAGAAGAGAAGUCUAUUUUUUGUAUUAUUGUCAGAGGUUUACACCGAGGUUUCUUUGCUAAGUAGCUGCAGGCAUGUCACAGUCUGGAGAAAAAAGCAAGUUCCCUGAGGCUGCCGGGUACGUGGGCUUUGCUAACCUCCCAAACCAGGUGCAUCGGAAGUCUGUAAAAAAAGGCUUUGAGUUUACACUGAUGGUAGUAGGAGAGUCUGGACUGGGUAAAUCCACCCUCAUCAACAGCCUGUUUCUCACUGAUCUCUAUCCAGAGCGCUACAUACCUGGAGCAGCAGAGAAGAUUGAGCGCACAGUGCAGAUUGAGGCCUCAACGGUGGAGAUUGAGGAGAGAGGGGUGAAGCUUCGCCUCACCGUGGUGGACACUCCUGGAUAUGGGGAUGCCAUCAACAGUCAAGACUGUUUUAAGACCAUCAUCCAGUACAUUGACAAUCAGUUCGAACGCUACCUGCAUGAUGAAAGUGGCUUGAAUCGCAGACACAUUGUGGACAACAGAGUUCACUGCUGUUUCUAUUUCAUAUCUCCAUUUGGACAUGGACUGAAGCCACUGGAUGUUGAAUUUAUGAAAGCAAUCCACAGUAAAGUUAACAUCGUCCCUGUAAUCGCAAAAGCUGACACUCUGACGCUUCGAGAGAGGGACCGCCUGAAACAGAGGAUCCUGGAUGAGAUCAGUGAGCAUGGCAUCCGCAUCUACCAGCUCCCUGACGCAGACUCCGAUGAGGACGAGGAGUUCAAAGAGCAGACCCGUGUCUUAAAGGCCAGUAUUCCUUUUGCUGUGAUUGGCUCAAACCAGCUGAUUGAGGUCAAGGGGAAGAAGAUACGAGGGCGUCUGUACCCUUGGGGUGUGGUGGAGGUGGAGAACCCUGAACACAACGAUUUCCUCAAACUGCGCACCAUGUUGGUGACUCAUAUGCAGGACCUGCAAGAAGUGACUCAGGAUCUACACUAUGAGAAUUUCCGCUCAGAGAGACUAAAGCGAGCCGGCAGGUCAGUGGAGGAUGAAGUGUUGGACAAAGAUCAGAUCUUAAUGGAAAAAGAGGCUGAGCUGAGACGCAUGCAACAGAUGAUUGCUCAAAUGCAGGCUCAAAUGAAGAUGAAGCCAGGAGAUGACUGAAAAAGAUAAUGUACUUAUUUGUUGCAGUAGCAAUUGAAAGCCAGAGAUACACUAUGCUACUGGCUUCAUUAGUUCCGUCCCUGUAUCUACCAUCACUCUGGACACUUAGAAACAUGCGGUUAAUUUUUCUUUUGCCGUAGAUUUGCCUAUCACAAAUACGAUUAUUUCAGCGUAUCACAGCAUGUGCCCAACAUUAUUCACAAAGACCGAUCCCUUAACUAAAUCUUAUAUUAAACCUUAUUCAGUAGAUCAUUAAUAUACCACCAUGGUCAUUAUUUUUAUAGAAUGAUGUUACAUUGCAAAUAAUCAGUGGAACAUAUCACUUUAAACAGUUUCAGGUUCAGAAGCUUGUCUUGUUUUUCCACACUGUCUCACUGUCCGUGCUCAAUCAAGUCUGCUGAUGGCAGGAAGCAGCUCACACUGUACCAGUGACCUCUCACGUUUCUCGUACUUAUAUAUGCCUCGCUUGUGCCUUCUCUAAACAUACAGAUGUUAAUAAGAACUGAGAAAAUGUUUGUAGUAUUUGAGCUCAAGCUGUUAUCUAUUUUCAAACACUCUAAAGGAAUUUACUAGUCAUUCAAACCCAGUAUAUGAAAAUUCCUACCCUUCCUACUGUUCACAACAAAAUUUUUCUUCUAAGUGGAUUUCUAAAUGUAAGUGGAUUUCUAAAUGAAAGUGCCUUAAUUUCUAUGCCUUGGAUUGUUACUGUAUGAGAGAAUGCCACAAACUCUUAUUGUUUCAGUACGUGCUUCAUCAGUUUUAUGUUUUAAUUGCCACUAGGGGGCAACAGCCACCAAUACUAAGCAGGACAAUGUUUCAAAGGGAGUCUUUUUUUUUUUUUUUUUUAAUUUUAUUUAAUUUUUUUUCCAGCUUCUUGUACCCCAAAGAUUUUGGCAGUUAGUUUGGCCAAUAUAAAAACUGAUUUAUUCUCAGCUCAAUUGAGCUCUUCAUUUAAUUAUGAGCCUAUAUUGUUUUUUAAAAAUGUUAUGUAUAUAUAUAAAUUGGGGAAUUGAUCAUUAAUCAUUAAUUGUGGAAUUUCUAAUUAUUUGACCUGAUUUUAUUCAAAUUUCUUAUUUACUCAGUAUUUUAAUUGUUUGUUUGUUUUUUGAGAGCAUAUUAAGAUAUUAAUCCAAAGACAGAGGGAAAUGUUACAUGCUCCACCAUAAUUGUUACAUGAUCCUCCAUAUUGUCUCCUUGACACCUUAAAUCUUUCCUGUGUGUCCUAUAAUUUUUCUAUAAAUAACGAGUUAUUUCCUUGAUCCUCACUGUGCUCAUUAGUGAUCAUAUUAACAUUCUGCUGAUAUUUUGUAGAUGUUUUGACCCAGCCCUAAUUACUCUGUGGCUUAGUCAUCUCCUGUUUACAGACUUAUGUUUGUUAGAUGUUUUUUUGCAUAUCCACGGUACAAGUUCACUGCCUUGUAAAAUGCUGAUGUUUUUUGUGUUCACUUUGAGCAAUAAACAUUCAUAUGUUCUCAGAGAUAUAAAGAAA